UUUUUUUUUGGAGCCAUGGACAACAGUCGAGAUGCGCCAGGGAAAGCCAGCCGGUGGUUUGGAGUCACGACACCCAAGUCAGUGAAGGCCAACGUGAACAUCCUCCAUCAGGAGAAGCUGAUUGCCCAGAAGAAGCGCGAGAUUGAGGCCAAGAUGGCCAAACGUGGCCAACUGGCCAGUCAGCAGUCAGCGCAGAAUAGCGAGUGCGUCCAGACGGUGAAACCCUGUUGCCGCUUUUCCGAUGUAACCAAUAUUGGUGCUUCCUCGAGCUCCACUGAAGCCUCCACAACAAACUCGCCGGCUUCUGGCCCUGUGAAAAAGCCCACCCUGUCCGGGAAACGCCCCAACUUGAGCGUCAGUAGCAUGCUGAGCCAAGUGAAGAACUACACCCAUUCCAAGCAGACCCCCGUGACCAACCGCCCGAGCGUCUUCCAGUCGCCGGACGAGGAGGACGAGGACGACUACGAGCAGUGGCUGGAGAUCAAAAUUUUACCCCCAGAGGACAUGAAGACCCGCCGCGUGGUGGAGAAGCUGGCCAGGGUGGUGGCCGAAGGGGGACCCGAUCUGGAGAAGGUUGCGCUGGAAGACUGCAAGGAUAACCCGGCGUUUGCGUUUUUGCACGAUAAGAACAGCAGGGAGUUUCUGUACUACCGCAAGAAACUUGCCGAGAUAUGGAAGAAGGGCCAAGACGUGGAGGGGACCACGACACGAAAAGUUUCACCCCCAGAGGACGAAGACACCAAGGACUGCGCCGAGAAGCUGGCCAAGUUCGUGGCGGAUGGGGGCCCCGUAGUGGAAAUGGUGGCCUUGAAGAACCACCGAGAGAACCAGUCCUUCAGGUUUUUGUACGAGCCCAACAGCCCCGGCUACAAGUAUUACCGUCAGAAGCUGGAGGAGUUCCGGAAGGCCAAGGAGGAUGCCGAGGGCGUGCCUCUGGUGCCAGAGCCCAGCCUGAAGCGCAGAGCCCCCCCCGAGGGGGGGCCGUGUUCCUCUGUGGCACCAGCAGUCUCGUUGCCCAAGCCAGCAGUGGCGGCUGCGGCGGCGGCCGCGUCGAAGAAGAAGCGGAAAAGCCGGUGGGGCCCCGAGGAGGAGAAGGUGGACCUGCCCCCGCCAGAGCUGGCGCAAUCAGAAGACCCGUCGCCCACCCCGUUAUCAGUCCAGGACCUCAAGGGGCUCGGCUACGAGAAGGGGAAGCCGGUCGGCCUGGUGGGCGUAACAGAGCUCUCCGAUGCACAGAAGAAACAGCUGAAGGAGCAGCAGGAGAUGCAACAGAUGUACGACAUGAUCAUGAAGCACAAGCGGGCCAUGCAGGAGAUGCAGAUCAUGUGGGAGAAGACCGUCAAAGAGCACCAGCACGACUACGACAGCGACGAGGAGGUGGACUCAGAGCUUGGCACGUGGGAGCACCAGUUGCGGCGAAUGGAGAUGGACAAGACACGUGAGUGGGCCGAGCAGCUGACUCAGAUGGGCCGAGGGAAGCACUUCAUCGGAGACUUCCUGCCGCCAGAUGAGCUGGAGAAGUUCAUGGAGACCUUCAAAGCGCUGAAGGAAGGACGUGAGCCCGACUACUCGGAAUACAAGGAGUUCAAGCUGACGGUGGAGAACAUCGGCUACCAGAUGCUGAUGAAAAUGGGCUGGAAGGAAGGAGACGGUCUGGGGUCCGAAGGCCAAGGCAUCAAGAACCCCGUCAACAAGGGAGUGACGGCGGUGGACGGGGCUGGCUUCGGUAUCGAUCGCCCCGCUGACCUGUCCAAAGAGGAUGAUGAGUAUGAAGCAUUCCGCAAGAGGAUGAUGCUGGCCUACAGGUUCCGGCCCAACCCCCUGAACAACCCCAGACGUCCUUACUAUUGACUCGGCGCUGCCCGUCCUCUUCCUCCUCCUCCUCCAAGCGGUGGUUUGUUUGUACUGUGAGAUGUUAACAAAAGUUGAUAUUCUCCUCCUCCUCCCCCCACACCCCUUUUCUUUCCUGUUGGAAAACGUUCUGUUGUAAUAUUAUUCCCCGAGCCCCGUCUUGCCUCCCAGCCAAGAGUGUCUGGCUUGUUUUUAGCGGGGAAGGGGGAGGUUGCAGGGUUUCUUUAACGGAUCCCGAGGUCGAGAAGGGGGCGCAGCCCAAACCCUCAGCCUGGAUGCAGUGAAAUCCAGAGAAAGAGGAAAGGGACUUGUGCCCAGCCCCCAAACGGUUCCAGGUCCUGAGCGGGGAUGUUCCGGUGGGCCGAGCAGAAGACGUUCUUCGGCCUUGACGGGCAGGUGUCCCCCUGCGGAUCCCAGGAGCCUGUGCAUUAAUGGGGGGGGAGGGUCUUGUCGCUCUGCCCUGUGCCCACCAGCAAAGGUGCCCCAGCGCGACACAGGACUCGGGGUGGUGGGGAGAUCUUGAGCGGGGAAGAGGCCGUGGGAGCCUCGCUCUCUCCCCCCACAAAUGCUUGAACGUCAGGUCCCUCCCUCCCUUUCAGUCCUAAAAAUCCCACAGGGCCAGGUGGCAGGGAGACAGCACCAGAGUCUCCCAGGCUCCUUUGAGGUGCUGAGUUUUCUUUAGUGAGGAAAGAGAUCCUUUGGGGGGGAUGGGGAAGUGCCAAGGGGUUGUCGACCCGACCGCGUCCCGCAUCGGAGGAGGCCGGUUUCCCGUUCUGGAAAGAAGAGAAAGAAAGUUCAGUCCGGCAAUCGGAAACAAACACCAAGGAUCCCUUCGCUGAGUCCUGGCGUCUGUCCUGUUUCGCCCCAAGGUGUCGGGUUCAGUGCAAGGGUGCUUCCCUUCCCAAGCGCCACCAGAGACCCCUGAAACUUCCUCUCCCCCACCCCACCUCUCUCAGCAGCGAGACCCCGGUCUUUUGGUUUGUAUCUUGCCCCCCCCUUCUCUCCCCCAGAGUACAACGCAAAUUGUGCCACUUUUAGUAUUUUUAUUUUCAGAUCAGUUGUUUUUCUUUGUUUAAUCUUGCAGAGCUGUAGAGUUGACACUUUUUGGCUU